AUGACAUGUGGAAGAUAUCAACAUCUCGCAACACCUUCGAAAGCGGCUAAAGUAAAUCGUCUUCCCUUCUUUGGUCAUAUAUUAAGGAGACCGGCAGAUCGCCUUGUCCAACGAGUUCUGAAGAGUUCGUCGGGUUCGAGCUGGAAGAAGCCACCUGGCCGAAAACGGAAGUUCUGGACUGAGGUGGUAAAAGAGGACCUGAGGACACUCGGCGUGGAUAGAGAAUUCAGGCGAGACGUAAGGUUCCACAGAACAUGGAAUAGCGACGAAUGGAUUGAUUCUGUGCAAGCUCUCGCAGAAGAUCGAGAAGGUUGGGCAGAGCUGUGUUCAAGGACGGCACACCUCGGCGAAGAUGCGGGUAAUCGCGUCAGGCGAUAA